AUGGAUGGCGACGUGUCGGCGGAUGGGAGCGCGGAGUUCGACUUUCGUUUCCACGAUGCAUGCGGGGGGCGGUGCCAACCUGUGACAUUGAAGAUCUUCCUUAAUUCGGCCCUGAUGCAUGCCUCUCCUUUCGACUGCGCAAUGCAGAACUCCACUUUCAGCAUUUCUUCGAUCCCGGCAGGACGAAAUGAUGUGUCGGUAGUGCUGGAAGACCCCGAUCUCUAUGUCUGUUUGAUCGACAGUGUGAAGUUCAAAAGACCGGCGAUUGAUAGCUCUGAUCCUGCAGGCUCUCAAUUCCGAGAUGAUCAGUUUUCUGCAAUGGAGAUGGAGAAUGUCGAGGCUAUGGAGGAAGCAUUGAGAGGGAGAACUACGCUCAAUGACACCUCGUGUCGCGAGAAGAUUGAUCCUUCCAAGCUCACCUUUGACACGUCGCUCAGCCCGACUGCGUUUGCAGGGUUGGUCACUACACUCCACCUUCAGAUCAAAGACAAAGACGGCAGGGCGAUCAGAAACUGCGUGAGGCCCGGGUUUGACGUGUACUUUGACGGAUCUGUCAUCUCCAGUGCCGUUUCUUUCGUGCAAUCCGAAGGAUUGCUGCGGAUCUGCUUCAUCUCGUUGGAUCCCCAGGUAGGCGUUGCGGUAGACCUGUUCGGCAAACCGCUGCGAGGAAGCCCUUUCGUCUUCAACCUCUCUCACGUUUCUCUUGCGACGUCGGGCUGUGCUCGCCCGGGAGUCUCUAAACUGACAUCGCCCUGCCUUUAUGCUCCCGAAAGUGAGAACUUCAUCACGCACGAUGGCCUCGACAAGCGGCUGCGGCUGCCCGAGGAGGAGGAGCUGGACGAAACUGUCGUCUGGUCCGGAGGGGCAAGUGACUCCCGCGUCUCAUCGGCUCGACGAAGUUUCACAGCCGUCGAGAGCGUCACCGUGAAUGUGUUCCGCGUCAGCAACGCGUGUGUCGUAAACCGUUCUCUUGUCUUCUUUGAAGAAUCUGGAGAAACUCGACGUACACGUUCUCCUCAGAGCAAGAACUUCUUCGUGGGCUCUCAUUUCUGGGGCCAGUGGGAGAUGGAUGUCGUGCGAUUUCCUGUCGAUUUUGUUGAAGAGAGCUACGAAUCUUACGUUGAAAGAGUUGGAGUCAAUCAAGACCCUGAAUCUUACGAAGACUUGGCGACCGAUGGAGUUCAAGGAAGCGGAACGAGGACGGGCGCCGUCUACCUGAUUCCGGAAGGGCCAACGACUCACUUUGGCCACAUGCUUAUGGACGUCAUAGUCCCCUUGUACGUCAUGACCACCACUGUCGGCGACCAGCGAGGGAGGAAGCGGGUGGUCCUAUGGCCAUGGCCGGGGUUCCACUGCCCGCUCAAGGGCGGGCGGGUACACAGCAAGCGGUUCUGGGAUCUGCUGUCUGCGGUGACAUCGGAGCCACAGGAGGAUGUGAAGUUCUUGGCGUCCUUGGAGAAGGACGGCCACUGCUACCGGGAGAUCGUCCUGGGCCAACCGUUGGAUUUCCGGGUCGGAUACUGGCAGGGCUUCGUGCAGCGAACGAUCCCCUUCAUGGAGGACUUUGUGGAAGCGAUCACAAGCAUGAAGAGAACCCUGAUGGUGAAACUUCAUGCCGUCGGCGCCAGCGCAGCCGCAGUCAAGGCCAGCGACCAGCACACGGCGAUCAUUGUGAGCAGACACGAGAGGCGCAUCCUGAACCAGGCUGACCUGACCUCCCUGGCCAUGGGGAUGGGGCUCAAGGUUCAGGUCUGCAACUGGCAGGAUAUGCCCAUCAUCAGGCAGGUGGAGGUGAUGGCGGGGGCUGACCUGCUCGUCGGGGUCCACGGGGUCGGGAUGUGGAACAUGGUCUUUGCCAGGAAGGCGCUGCCCAUCAUUGACAUCCUCAUGUACUGCCAUGCCAACGCCUCCGACCACUGGGAGCUGUCACAGCUAUUCAAGUUGCGGCACUAUGUAUGGAGGAACCCGGACCCUGACCUUGCCUCCUGCGACCUCACCCGGGAGCCCAACUGUGGAGUUCCGGCAUGCGGCUACAACCCUGCAAGCGAUGCCUUCGCCUUCGGCGGAGGAACGCCCAACGUCCAACUGCAGGACACCCGAGUCGACCUGCGGGCCAUGGAGCGGCUCCUGCUCCAUGCUCGCUCCUACCUGGAUUGGCUGCGGCUCCCAGAGGCAGAGGGGGCAGGGACCCUUGCGACCUCCUGCUCGCUGGAGCCGCCUUUGGGAGAGGAGCAGGAGGUUGUCUGUGCUCAUGAAAUCAGCCUCGGGGACGAGGUGUACGAUAUGUAG